CGACAAUACGCGACUGUCAUGGGUCCGUGAUCGAGUGAGCUUUUGCGUGCAAGAGCAAUGAAACAGAAGUGUUAAUUACUAUCCAAUGGUUAUCCCUAUCGCUAACGAAAGUGAUAAAGAUGUCUGGAAGUAGCGAUUCCGAAGAAUUUUUCGACGCCGAGGACGACAUUUCACAUCGCAGUUCACGAAAAUCUCGUUCGCGAGAUACAACUGCGGCUGAUUUGCAAUCGCCUAAUAUAUUGAGUGCAAGUAAACAGUUGGCUGAUGAUGUCUUUGUCAAGCCUGCGGAUCCCAAGCCAAUCGAUGAUUCUAAAAACUGUGCAGAUGUGGAAAAGAAGGAAAACUCGGAUAAACCAGAGGAGGACUGGAAAGGUAGUGGUGUGGACAAAAUUGUUGGCAGGCGUCGAUUUCGCGAACUAAGGCAGCGCAUGCAAACUGAGGAUGAUGAUAAUCCAAUAAAUAAUUCACCUCCCGAUAGCCAGACCUCCUCUAUAGAAGGAGUGUAUCCCGCACCUUCCAAAGCUUCUCAUCCGUUCAGAAUAAUAGAACACGAUACCCUUAGCUUGCAAAGUAUGACUUCUUUAGGGCGCGUCGGUCGAAUACUGUCUGGUGUAUCAGAUAACUCCUCCGGAGUAGUUCCAAUAAAUUUACCUCAAUGUCCCGUCACUCCGAUUCUCGUCGAUACACAAUUACCCUCAGCCAUUAGCAUUCCUAUUAAAGACGAGGAUACUGCCUCUGGUAAAGUAUCCCAGUCCUCUAGUAUUCUAACUUUGUCAGGAGACAACCUUGAUGAUAAUGAAUCGUGUAUCAACGAUAGGCCAGAUUAUUCUGCAUCCUCACAAGGUAACAUGCCUGUGAUGUUCCAAGAACCUGACGUUAUCGCCAGUACCAAGAGUAAUGGAAAACCUAUCGAGAGCGUACAGGAUUUGCCCCCUCCUUCAAUGCCUGUUGCACCACCACGACGUAAAAAGAAAUCUAAACCUCAAACACCUACCGAUCUUACUCCACCCGUUAUUGAAGAACUCAUACCUGCUUCGCCACUACCGAGUCCAGCAAGUACAAUCGAAUCCAUUACCAGAGAAUUUGAACAUUCUCUUGACAUUCGAUCAGCAACUAAAGGGCAAUACGUCGUCAAACCACAAGAUGAAGAUAAAGCAAAGGCAGAGGGACCGUCUCCGGAAGAAUUGGCUAGAGUGGAACGAAUGAAAGCUGAAAUAAUGAGUAUUCGCUCCAGCGAAAUGUCCAAUAGUCCCCUCGGGUCCGUUUCAAGUAACAGUAUAGGUCGCUGUUCUUUGGGUCCGCAUCGUUUGACUGGUUUUGGUUUCCAAGGUUCCAGAGAACGACGCAGAUCUGCCGGUGAUCAGGAUAUGAUAAAACAGCUAAACAUGGUCGUCAGAACACGAACCGACUCUGGAAAACGACUCACAGAUAUGGAGAUUCUGGAACAAGUAUCUGUGUUAAACUUGGACACUGGAGAACGAGUACCUCUUAGUGUAGCAGAAGAUAAAUUACCGCAAUGCAUGGAUCCCUUGUCGUUACAAAUAAUGAGAAUAACAUCAGAGUACAUAAGCAACGCCAGUUUGGAAAAAGAAAAAGAAAGUGACGAGGAGAGCGUAGACAGUAAGAUGUCGAGCAUACCUCCCGACGAGGACGUGGCAGUGGGUAGAGUACGCAAGAAAACGCAAAAACUGAAGCGAUUCCUGGGAUCCACGGUCAAGAAGACAAUGGACAAGGCAAAAUCAAUUGCUCAGGAGGUAUCCCACGCAAGACACAAGGAGGAUAUUAUGGAUAUUGUUGACGACGUUUAUCCAGGAGAACAGCAAUACAUCAAGCUGAAAGCCUCGAACAGUCACAAAGGCCCCUACGAAUUUGACAAUAUACAACACGUUCAGGAUCUAAGUGGAGAACACGUCGGUCCUGUAUGGUGUAUGAAAUUUUCCGCUUGCGGACGAUUGCUGGCCACUGCGGGACAAGAUCGUGUCCUAAGAAUUUGGGUCUUGCGGGACGCGUUCGCGUACUUUCAAGACAUGCGAACGAAAUAUAACGCGGAAAAAGUUAGCCCGACUCCAUCUCAGGAAUCACUCGUUUCACAGCAAUCUGUGGAUGAUCCAAAUAUUUUGGCCAGUAUGAGCAGCGAUUCGGAAGCCGCGAAGAGCCCGUUUAUGCCUAAACCGUUUUGCACGUAUACCGGGCACACCUCGGACCUCCUCGAUGUAUCGUGGUCUAAAAAUUACUUUGUUUUGUCAUCGUCGAUGGACAAAACGGUCCGGCUUUGGCAUAUAUCGAGAAAAGAAUGUCUCUGCUGUUUCCAGCACAUUGAUUUCGUCACAGCGAUUGUAUUUCAUCCGCGAGAUGACAGAUACUUUCUCUCCGGAUCCCUGGACGGCAAAUUACGGCUAUGGAAUAUUCCUGACAAAAAAGUAGCGGUAUGGAACGAAGUUGAUGGACAAACAAAGUUGAUCACAGCGGCAAAUUUUUGCCAGAACGGAAAAUUCGCGGUCGUCGGAUCUUACGACGGUAGAUGCAUAUUCUACAACACCGAUGAGUUGAAGUAUCACACGCAGAUUCACGUCCGAUCUACAAGAGGUAAAAAUUCAACCGGUAGAAAAAUAAGCGGCAUUGAGCCCAUGCCCGGUGAAGACAAAAUACUGGUAACAUCAAAUGACAGUAGGAUUCGCCUCUACGAUUUGAGGGACUUGAACCUUUCCUGCAAAUACAAAGGAUACGUUAAUGUCAGCAGUCAGAUAAAGGCAAGCUUCAGUCCAGACGGACAGUACAUUGUGAGCGGAUCAGAGAAUCAAUGCAUUUACAUAUGGAAGACGCAUCAUGACUAUUCAAAAUUCUCAAGCGUACGACGGGAUCGCAAUGACUUUUGGGAAGGGAUUAAGGCUCACAACGCAGUUGUAACUUGCGCCGUAUUUGCACCAAAUCCUGAUAUUAUUAUCAAACAAAUUGAAACACGAGAGCAGUGGGAAGGAGGAAUUGAUUCGAAGAGCAUCAUCGACGGUACGACGCCCGUUGAUCCGGUUGUGGAACAACGAACCAAGGGAUGCGGUGGUCACGUUUUAGUUAGCGCUGACUUUAACGGAUACAUUAAGGUGUUUCUAAAUAAAACUAAACCAAAACACAGCUCGUUGCCAGCAUCCGCACUCGCAUAACGCGAAAUUUUCACCAACAAAUUCCAGAGUAAUUUAAUCGGUAAUUUUCGUCUGUUGCAUCGGUCUGUAAUUGGCGUUUUCUUAAUUUAAUCAAGAUGUUGACUAAACUAUUCCCCACAUUGAAGACAAAACUACAUUUUUAGUUAUCACGAAUGAAAUCGUUUUAAUGACAUUUUUCACGACAAUCCUGCUAAUUCCAUAUCAAAUCAUUCGUCUAAUUUAUUGUGAUCCAAAAUUAAAAUCAUGUAACAAAUUGCUGAUACGCAGAGAGCAACAAAAUUUUUCUGCUUGAAUCGUGUAAUGGGUUUCUCAAAUCAUGUGCACUGCUCUGUCUGGUUCAUGUUUUUUAGAAAUUAACGAAACAUAAUAUCAAACGUUUGCUUAAAAAUUACGCAACAGUAUUUCUGUGUUAGACCGUGGUUGGAAACUUAUUCAUUUUAUUUAUUUUUUUUAUUAUAUGUUCAAAUCAUAAUUUAUUGUUUUAUGCAUUAAUUUUUUGAAAGCUUCCAGCGUUGGACAUAAAUUUAAUGAGAUUUCCCAAUAAGAAAUGAUGUAUAUCAAAAUGCACCAUACUGUUUCGCGCACUAAAUCAAGUUAAUUGCAGUGAUGAUUUUUCUGUGCCAUAUUCUAAUCAUCAGCAUGAUUUUUAAUAUAAAAAAGACAUAAACACACACACACACACACAUUUGGUUUUCUAAGAAACGAUGUGUCCUGUUAUAUUAUACUUCGUUGCAAUCUUCAAUAAAUUUUGCAUAGUCGUGUAAAGAAACUUUUUUAAAUCUUUUAUAGUCAUAAUUAACCAGUUAUAAAUAUUAUUAUUAAUAUUGCGAAUAUUAUAUCGUCCUCUUGCCCUCUAAGUUAGUUGUAAAUUUAAAUGAGAUGCUAAUUGUAAUAUAAUAGAAUUAUACUUAUAGCGUUCUAUUGUUUUGUCAUCAGUAAAACAAUAUAUUUUUAUUACACACCCAUGCACUUCCAUACAUGCAUCAAAGAUCAAAGUAUAAAGUUUAGUAACCAUCUGUUUAUAAGCGGAGGAGAAAACAAUUAAAUAUAAAAACAAAUAGCAGGCGUGUAUUUAUAUUGAUGAAAAGCAUUGCGUGUAUUGUGUAUGAAAUGGAUUGUGAAAAAAAUAGCGAUAUAUUCCACGUACAUGGUAUCUAAAUUUAUACGAAUUAAAAAAAUUUCAUUCGUCUAGAUGUAUAUUGUUAAUUGAAAUGAAUUUCUGAAACACCAAUUUGAAGCUAUUGUUAGUUGUAAUUCCAAUACGUCAAAACUUAGGAACUUGGGUACAGCUAAAUGGCGGUAGGUGUAUUAAUAAUUGUGUAUCUGUUAUUCUAACGUCUGUGCAUAGAUUAUGCAUGGUGAAUGAUUUUAACAAAGUAAAAAAAAAAAAAAACAUAUGUAUAUAGUUAUAUAUUCUCCAAUGUGAAGACGAAUGUCUAAAGAGAACAAUAUC